AUGCCCCCCAAAUAUUCUCCUGGACCCCCAAAUCCCUUUGAGGAAUCCCCCAGGACCCCUCCCUGGCCCCCUAAAUCCACUCUUGGAUCCCCUCAGACCCUGCUGAGUCCCCUCAACUCCCCCAGGAGGAACAAGGUGCUGAACCACUUCAGCAUCAUGCAGCAGCGGCGCCUGCGGGACCAGGACGAGGAGGAGGAGGACAAGGACAAGGGGAGGAAGGCCCCAGGCAAGGGUGGAGGGCUCCGGAUCCACGACCUGGAGGAGGAUCUGGAGCUCAGCUCCGAGGAGAGCGAGGGCAGCGAGGCCGAGGGGGAGAAGGCAGCGAGGCCGAAGGCUGCGGGGGGGCGGCCCAAGAGGAAGAGGAGGAAGGGCAGGAAGGGCUCCGAGGACGAGGCCCUGGAGGACAGCGACGACGGCGACUUCGAGGGCCAGGAGGUGGAUUACAUGUCUGACGGCUCCAGCUCCGGGGAGGAAGAGGCCGGCAAAGCCAAAGCACCCAAGGAGGAAGAGGAAGGCCCGAAAGGCAUCGACGAGGCGAGCGAGAGCAGCGAGGAGAGCGAGGAGGAGAAGGCGGAGGAGAAGGAGGAGGAGGAGGAGGGAAAAGCGACCCCCACUCCCCAGGAGAAGAAGAAGAAGAGAGGUAGGACCUCCCUUAACAACCGCCCGCGGCAGGAAUUGGGGAGAAACCCCCAAAGAACGGGGUUUAUGGCGUCAUCAACCCCCAGAAAGCAGCGACGAGUCGCAGACCUCGGAGGAGAGCGACAUCGACAGGGGGUCGUUGCGGAAGAUCAGGGCCACCCGGCGCCCCCGCGGCACCCGGAGCCCCCCAAAAAACGAUUGCUCGUCCGGGAGGAUCUCGUGGGUGAACUCGUACCUGGCAGCACCCCUGCAGGGGAUCGGGGGUCAGGGGGUCUUCAGAUUUCCCCAGGGGUCCCCAAAACCCCCACGGGGAGUUCCCAAGGGGGCCCCCAGACCCACCGGAGGACGACGCUGGGGGACAGCAGCGACACCCCCGCGAUGGUGCAGCCGCAGAACUGGGGGGGCGAAGACGCGCCUGAGACCCCUCAAAACCACCCUGGGACCCCCGAAACUUGCCCACCGCAAACUCCCCUCGGGCUCUCCCAAACCCACCGAGGACCUCCAACCCCUCCUCACCCGGCGCCCGACCCGGGCACGGCCAAACUCCCCCCGGGACCCCCGAGCCCCCCACCUUAA